CCGGAGGCGGAAACCGGGGCCGGUCUCCAGCAGCGCCCGGUCGCCGCCGUGCCGCCGAGCCCGGCUGCCAUUUUAAGGUGAACAAAGAGGCGGAGGCGGGGGCAGCCAGAUCUGCUUACGGAGGAACCCUCGGGGUUAGCGCUAGCUUUGGGCUCUUCAUCGCUGCCCACCCGUGCCAGACCCCACCGCCACCAUGUUCAGCAAGAAGUCCUAUGACGGCUCCCCCACGGGCUACGGGCCCCCCGUGGGUGAUUACGGCUACGACUACGGCGCCCGCUCCCCCCCGCCGGGCUCCUACUACAUCGAGGACGUGCCGCAGCACUUCUACAAGUGGACCUCGCCGCCUGGCGUCGUGAGGAUCCUGGAAGCCAUAGUCAUCCUGCUCUGCAUCGCCAUCUUCGCCUGCGUGGCCUCCACCCUGGCCUGGGAGUACGGCUACGGCUUCGGGGGGGCUUACGGCAAUGGGUUGGGGGGCUUCUACGGCUCCGGCUACUAUGGCAGCGGCGUGAACUACGGCUACGGUUACGGUUACGGGGGCUACUAUGGUGGGGUCACCAACCCACGGGCAGCCAACGGCUUCAUGAUCGCCAUGGCCGUGCUCUGCUUCCUGGCCCAGCUGGGGUUUUUCGUCGCCAGCAUCAGCAAAUCAAGCAGCUCCCGCUCCCGUCGCUUCUACCUGGUGGUCAUCGUGGUCUGCGCCGUGCUGGCCUUCGUCAUGCUCAUCGCCUCCAUCGUCUACAUCAUGGGGGUCAACCCCCAGGCACAGAUGACCGGCAGCUACUACUACAACCCCUUGCUGACCAUGUGCAGCCAGAUAUACAGCAGCGGCACCUAUCUGAACCAGUACCUCUACCACUACUGCACCGUGGACCCCCAGGAGGCUGUGGCCAUCGUCUGCGGGUUCCUCAUCGUCAUUCUGCUCUGCCUCAUCUGCUUCUUCGCUCACAAGACGCGGAGCAAGAUAUGGAAGUAUGGGAAACCAAACAUCUACUGGGACAAGGCACCAGUGGUCCAGGAGGGUCCCAAUGUGGAGGAGUGGGUGAAGAACGUGGCAGACGGGGCCAGCGUGCAGGACGAGACGGCCACGCUCGCCUACUCGGAGAAGCCGACGAGCCCCAUCGCCGCGCCACCCUACAGCCCACCCUCCUACAGCUACGCCCCCCAGAACGGGUACUACCCCUCCGGGACCUACAGCAGCCGGGGUGAUCAGCCAGACCAGGCGGUCAGCCCAGCAGAGGAGAAGACACGGGAGCAGCCCACCAAGCCCCCUGCUCGCCGCGGCCGCCGGCGCCGGCGCAACCCCGAGCUGGACGAGUCGCAGUACGAGACCGACUAUACCACGGCUGUGGAGUCCGGUGACGAGCGGGACCAGGACCAGUGGGCCAGCCUCUACCCCCCCAUCACCUCGGACGGUGCCCGCCAGAAGUACAAGCAGGAGUUCGACACGGACCUGAAGCGUUACAAGCAGCUCUGCGCCGAGAUGGACGGUGUCAACGACCGCCUCAACCAGCUCAGCAAACAGCUCGACAACAUCUCUGAGGACAGUCCCCAGUACCAGGAUGUCGCAGAGGAGUACAACAGGCUGAAGGACCUAAAGCGGAGCCCCGGCUACCAGACGAAGAAGCUGGAGACCAAAACCCUGCGCAACAAACUCUUCCACAUCAAGCGGAUGGUGAGCGACUAUGACAAGAUGCGGGGGUAGCCUGUGCCCCCCCACCACAACCAAAUGGGCACCAGGAGCUCCCCGCUCCCCACCCACCCCCUCCAAAGACUUUGGUGCAUUUUGUACCUUUGUUUGUAUGAAAAACAAGCCCCCAAACCCAAGAGUCAAAGCCACCCUGCGAUGUCAGUGCCAAGGGUGCGGGGCCAGAGACGGCUGCUGGAGCGAGGAGCCCCCUGCGUGCCCCCAUGCCUUCCCGUCCCCCAUGCCUGGGGCUGUGGGUCCCCUCCUGCUGCUGUAAAUAUGUUCAGGGAGGGUCCCCAGCCCCUGGCUGCCCCUGCCAGCACCGGGGUUGGGGUACCAAAACAUGGCUGCAUCCCCGUGCCGGACCAGGCAGAGCAUCCCUUGGCCGGGCGUCUGGCGGGGAGGGGUCAGAGCUCUGCAUCCCCCAAACCCCUGGGGCUGCCUUUUGGGGAGCAGCCUGAGGAAGGGGUGAUAUUUUAUAAGGAACUGGCUGAAACUGUGUAUUUUUUUUAAUAAAUAAACUGUAUCUAUUGAUUUUA